AUGAAUUCAAAAACAUCUAUUGAAUUGGUUUACCCGCGCACGCACUUCUCAGGUCCGGUCGUCGUCUUCGCCGUUUCAGAGUUAAAGAUGGAUGUUGCGACUUCUACCAUGGAAACAGAUGCCCAAGAAAAGAAUCUCAAUAAGUGGGAUUUCACCUGUGAUGUGGAAGUGGAUUGCAAGUCUGAGGAAAACGCUUGCAUCAUAUAUUCAACACUCAAUGUUGACAAAGAGCUGCAACCAGAUAAAGUAAGGAGGUUGAUGUCUGUCUCUAAUGGGAAACUUUCAGUGCGUUUUGAGGCAGUUGAAGCUAGAUUUCUUCGGGCGUCUUUUAGUGCAUUUAUGGAUGCUUUGACAUUAGCAACGAAGACAAUUGAACAAUUUGGUAAAGAUAUGGAACUAUGACAUGUCACAUGUGUGCUCAUUAGGUGGAACUGUAUAACUUGGUAUUUGUGGAAUUUAGCUUCUUGAUUAUAGGAGCAUAAUGGAUUUUUUUUUUUUGUUAAAUUACAAGCGUUUAUAAGAGUGAAGUUAGCUUCUUGUUUUGCAGGUGUUUUAGUGUAUUGUGAUUUAUGUGUGUGGUUGGGUUUUUAUAUUAAGAGUGUAAAAACCCGAAACUAAUCAAAAGAAUCAAAAAAAACUUAUCUGGC